GCUCUCCUCGGUCUGGUGCACCAGCUGCGAGGCGGCAGCGGGGAGUUUAUAAUAAAAGGGACAGAAGUUAGAUCUCUCCAAGCUAAACUUUAAGUUCUGCUCUCGCUUCUUUUCUUUCCUUUUAAAUCUGCUUUUUAAAUUAACCUUUUUCUACUUGAUCUUGAAAUCCUUAUUUUUAUACAAGAUGACUGGUAGCCCACUAACAGGGUUACUGGUUGCGUUGUGCGUAAGCAGCGCAGUCCACGGUUCACCAAAGAGCAAAAGACAAAGUGGCCAGUAUCAGGUGUAUCCUGAGUUGCAAGACAGGAUGGCUGUUUCUCCAGUCGGCUGUGAAGAUAACGGUCGAUCAUACAGACCGAACGAGCAGUGGGAGAAACCCUACCGUGAUAGUACUCUGCUGUGCACCUGCAAUGGAGUAGCAGGCAUCAAAUGUAAAACUAAACCUGAAGUGGAGGAGUCCUGUUAUGACAAGUACAAUGCCCGGACAUACCGGGUCGGUGAAACCUACGAGAGACCAAAGGACGGGAUGAUGUGGGACUGCACCUGUAUCGGUUCUGGGCGAGGCAAGAUCAGCUGUACCAUUGCAAACCGUUGCCAUGAAGGUGGGAAGUCUUAUAAAAUUGGGGACACUUGGCAGAGGCCUCAUGACACUGCUGACUACAUGCUGGAGUGUGUGUGUCUUGGAAAUGGCAAAGGAGAGUGGACCUGCAAACCUGUGGCUGAGCGAUGCUACGACAACACCGCUGCAUCAUCAUACGUCGUUGGGGAGACCUGGGAGAAACCGUACCAAGGCUGGAUGAUGCUGGACUGCACAUGUCUGGGAGAGGGAAAUGGACGCAUCACAUGCUCCUCAAGGAACCGUUGCAACGACCAGGACACCAGGAGGUCCUACCGUAUCGGAGAGACAUGGACAAAGAAGGACACAAGUGGACAACACCUGCAGUGUCAGUGCUUAGGAAAUGGUCGUGGAGAGUGGAAGUGUGAGAGACACAACGCAGGCAGAGCUUUGGGGACAUGCCGCACAGACUCUGGAGUCACCUACUACGAUGGUCAGCGCUGGUUCAGAACCCAGGGGAGCAAGCAGAUACUCUGUACCUGUCUGGGCAACGGAGUCAGCUGUCAGGAGUCGGAGGCCAGGAACACGGUGUAUGGUGGCAACUCCAAUGGUCAGCCAUGUGCAUUCCCAUUCGUCUUCAUGGGAAAGACCUACUACUCCUGCACCUCAGAUGGACGCACAGAUGGGCAGCUGUGGUGCUCUACAUCCUCAGACUUUGAGAAAGACCAGCAGUACUCUUUCUGUACUGAGAAGAAUGCCGUUGUGGUAACCCGAGGUGGAAACUCCAACGGUGGUCUGUGCCACUUCCCUUUCCUCUACAGUGGACGCAACUAUACCGAAUGUACCGCUGAUGGGCGCCGUGAUGGCAUGAGGUGGUGUGGUACCACCUACGACUAUGACACAGAGCAGCGCUAUGGAUUCUGCCCCAUGGCUGCCCAUGAGGAGUUGUGUACCACCAGCGAUGGAGUGAUGCACCGCGUAGGCGACAAAUGGGACAAACGUCACGAUGUCAUGGGUCACAUGAUGGAGUGCACAUGUCUGGGUAACGGCCGUGGAGAGUGGAGCUGUGUCGCUUACUCACAGCUGCGAGAUCAGUGUGUUGUUGAUGGCUUGACCUAUGAAGUAAACCAGGAAUUCUCCAAGCGCCACGAUGAGGGCUACAUGAUGAACUGCACCUGCUUUGGUCAGGGCCGUGGGCGCUGGAAGUGUGACGCUAUCGAUCAGUGUCAGGAGCCGCAAACUAGGGCAUUCCACCAGAUUGGAGACACAUGGGACAAAGUCAUCCAUAACAUCCGCUAUCGCUGUUAUUGCUAUGGCAACGGGAUUGGAGAAAUGAGAUGUGAACCUCAGCAAACCUACCAAGACGGCCACAGACCUGUCCAGGUGAUCAUCACAGAGGCAGGGAAACAGCCAGACUCCCACCCAAUUCAGUGGAACCCCCCUUCAUCUGUCCACAUCACCCAGUACAUCCUCAAAUGGAGAAUUAAAAAUUCCCAUGCACCCUGGAGAGAGGCCACCGUCCCCGGCCACCUCAACUCCUACACCAUCAGUGGGCUGCGUCCAGGCGUCACCUAUGAGGGUCAGUUGAUCAGCAUCCUGCGCUACGGACGCCGCGAGGUUACGCGCUUCGAUUUCACCACUACCCAUGGUUCUUUGGAAACAUCAGAGGGAGAGACGAGCCAGCCUGCUCCAGUGGUGGACACUUCCGAGUCUGUGACAGAAAUCACCUCAAACAGCUUCGUUGUGUCCUGGACGUCAGCCUCUUCUACCAUUUCUGGCUUCAGGGUGGAGUAUGAGCUCAGUGAGGACGGGGCCAAGCCGAAAGUCCUGGACGUUCCUCGCAAUUCCAAUUCUGUCACCAUCUCUGACCUCCUGCCCGGGCGCAGAUACAAUGUCAACGUCUACGAGCUCCCAGAUCAGGGACAGCCAAACCUCAUUCUUACUACCUCACAGACCACAGCUCCUGACACCCCUGCUCAGCACACAGUCAACGAGGUGGGAGAGAACUCCAUCCGAAUUAGCUGGACCAGGCCUCAGGCUCCUAUUACUGGUUACCGUGUGGUGUACACACCAUCAGUGGAAGGAAGCAGCACUGAGCUGAACCUGCCAGAGUCAGAGACUUCAGUGAACCUGGUUGACCUUCGCCCCGGUCUUCUUUACAACAUCACCAUCUAUGCUGUGGAGGAGGACCAGGAGAGUGAGCCUGUUUUUGUACAGGUCAACACUGUAGGAUCUGCUACACCAGAGGAGGUCCCCGCACCCACAGAGCUGCAAUUCUACGAGGUUACAGAUGCAAAGAUCACCAUCACCUGGACCGGUCCACCCAGCGAGGUGACCGGUUACAGGGUGACCUUCUCCCCAAUUGGCCCAGACGGUACUGAGAUUAGGCCCCUGCCACUGCCCGUCUCACCCAACGCAUAUGCUGAUAUCACCCACCUGCAGCCAGGCACACUGUAUCGCUUCUACAUCUACGCCAUUAAUGGUGGAGUGGAAAGCGAGCCGCUUGUGGGAGAAAGGGCUACCAAACCUGAUGCGCCCACCAAUGUGCGUUUCACUGACGUCGGCCACGACAGUGCACUUGUUAUCUGGGAGGCCCCCCGCGCCAUUGUCACUGGCUACCGUCUAUAUCUGAGCAUCGAAGGCUCUACCCCCGUCGAGAAGAGGAUCCCAGGCAGGGUUGCCCAGUACCCUUUGAGGAAUUUACGUCCAGACACCCAGUACACUGCCGUCCUCCACUCUGAGUUGGACAAUGAGCUCAGCGAGGGAGUCACUUCAUAUUUUACCACCACUCCUCAGAUGGGAAAUGCUCCUAAUUUUAAUACUGAAGUCACUGAUACCUCCAUCAUCGUCAGCUGGAUACCUGUCCGCAGAUUCAGCUACAAGCUUUCUGUGCUCCCCAGCCAGGUAGGCGAGUCUCCCAGAGAAGCGACCUCAGACACUGGACGUGUAUAUGUUUCUGACUUGAUUCCUGGAACUCAGUACACAUACAGCGUUCAGCCCAUCUUCAAUGGACGCAACCGUGGAAACCCCAUCACCCGCAACGUUGUCACUAGCCUGUCUCCUCCCACUGACCUUAGAGUGGAGUCCAACCCAGACACAGGAGAGCUCACUGUCCACUGGGUAGCCUCCAAAACACCAGGCAUCUCAGGCUACAGAGUGACGAGCACGCCAAACAACGGCCAGCGAGGAAACUCCCUGGAUGAGUUUGUCACUGCUGGUCAAACCUAUAUCAUACUAGAGAGCCUGAAUCCUGGGGCAGAUUACAACAUCAGUGUCUACACUACCAAGGGGCAUUUGGAGAGUGUGCCCGUGUCCACUGUUAUCACACCAGAAAUCCCCAAACCAAGUCACAUUGACUUUGUCGACAUUACUGACACCACCAUUGGCCUACGCUGGAUCCCUCUGAAGUAUACUACCAUUACUGCUUACCGGAUAUCGGUAGUAGCAUCAGGCGAGAGCUUGCCAAUUUUUCAAGAUUUGGUGGAAGCAUCUACUGGUUAUUACACCAUUCAUGGUUUGGAGCCGGGCGUGGACUAUGACAUCAGUAUCUUCACUCUUACAGAGGAGGGGGAAAGCGAGCCGACCACAUACACAAAGCAAACACAAGCUGCCCUUCCAUCUCCCACCAACCUACAGUUUGGAGGGGUGGGCCCUGACCACAUUAGGGUGACAUGGACAGUUCCCCAUGUUACCACACCAAGCGACAUCUCUCGGUUUGUUAUUCGCUACCACCCUGUAGCCACAGAUGACGACAUCAAGGAAGUUAAUGUUGGCGGAGCGACCAAUACCUUCCUGCUGCAGAACCUGCUGCCCAACACUGAGUAUCGUGUCAGUGUUGUGUGUGUGUACGGUGAACGAGAAAGUCAACCAGUCACAGGGACUCAGACGACAACUUUGGAUUCUCCUACUGGUCUGGACUUCUCCGACAUUAGCACCAACUCCUUCACUGUUCACUGGGUGGCUCCAACUUCUUCCAUCACUGGCUAUCGCAUUCGCUAUCAGAAGACGAGUGGAGGGCGGACCAGAGAUGAGAGGCUGCCCCCAAGUAGGCACUUCUUCACUCUGACCGGACUGACACCAGAGACAGAGUAUCUGGUUCAUGUGUAUGCUGUCAACAGGAAUCAGGAGAGUCAGCCUCUGACUGGCACACAGGCCACCAUCUCUGAUGCUCCCACUGACCUGGAGGUAACAUCUUCCACCCCCACCAGCAUCACCAUUCGUUGGGACGCCCCCUCUGUGAGAGUGAACAACUACAGGAUCACCUAUGGAGGCACAAGUGGUGAGUCUCCUCAAGAGUUCAUAGUCCCAGGCACUCAGACCACAGCCACCAUCACUGGACUGAAGCCUGGUACCGACUACACCAUCACAGUCUAUGCUGUUUCCACAAGAGGGGACAGCCCUGCCUCCAACACCCCGGUCUACAUCACGCACAGGACUGAUACCGAGUCCCCUACAAACAUGAAACUGACUGAUGUGAGCGAUAACGCCAUCACAGUGCGCUGGUCUCCUGCUCAGGGACCAAUCAGAGGCUACAGGGUCACCAGUGUCCCCAAGAAUGGGCUGGGACCCUCCUACUCUGAGGUGGUGGGUGCUGAUCAGACAGAGACGACGUUCACAGGUCUGAUGCCCACUGUUGAGUAUGUCGUGAGUGUUUAUGCUCUGGGCAAUGAUGGACAACCCUCUUCGCCCCUGGUGGAGAAUGCUAUCACUGCUAUGGACCGUCCCAAAGACCUGACCUUCUCCGACAUCAGCUCCACCUCCAUGCGCAUCACUUGGGACAGCCCAGACGGCAUAGUGACAUCAUAUCGCAUCCUGUACUCCAGCCCAGAGGAGGGCGAGAGAGAGCUGCGUCCAGCACCCAGAGGUGACCAGGAUAGUGUGGUGCUGAGAGGCCUUCGCCCCGGUACAGACUACACUGUUAAAGUCAUCGCCUUCCAUGACCGCAUACAGAGCAAACCACUGGUGGGAACCCAGGCAACAGUAAUCCCUGCUCCGACCAACCUGGCGAUCACAGAGGUAGGUCCCUCCACUUUCACUGUGUCAUGGCGAGCCCCCAGUGCAGGCCUGACAGGCUACCGUGUCGUCGUCAACCCCAAGAACAUCAACGCCCCCACCAAAGAGUUGAACGUUGCUCCGGACACCACACGUGUUGUUGUACCAGGGCUCAUGGUGGCAACCACAUACCAGAUAUAUGUCUACGCUCUGAAGAACUCUGUCACCAGUAGACCACUCGAGGGAGAGACGACCACACUGGAAGAUGUAAGUCCUCCAAGGCGUGUGCGGAUCUCUGACGUGAAGGAUACUUCUUUCACACUGACUUGGCGCUCCAAGAUGGAAACCAUCACUGGUUACCUCAUCGAGGCCAGACCCAACAGUAACUUCUACCCCACCAUCAGAAAGACUAUCCCAGGAGACUCUAACACAUACACUCUCACAGGUCUGCAACCAGGCACCACGUACUAUGUUAGCCUGUAUACUCUGAAUGGCAACACGAAGAGCGCCCCAUUCAGUCUCACGAUUCAAACAGCUGAACCAGUGGUCCAGGCUCCCACUGACAUCAGGUUCACAUCUUUAACCCCCACCUCCAUCUCCUUCACCUGGCAGCCACCUGCCACGCACAUCACAGGAUACUACAUCACCUAUGAGGAGGCAGGCGGAGGACCACAAGAGCUCACCCCAAGACCCCACGCCGGCCAAAACUACGCCUCCAUAUCUGACCUGCGACCAGCCACAGAGUACACUAUAAAAAUCAUUGCCAUCCAGAACACAAAGAGGAGCACACCUCUGGUCGGCAAAAUCAGGACUCAACCAGAUUCCUUGCUUCCCCCGCCUCUGCCCGACCGCCCUGGAAGUGUUGGUGACAAGCUGGAUGUGCCUGAAACUGACUUGGACAACCAAGUCCAGGUUGUAGGAAACAGUGGCCAGGAUGGGCAGAGUGGUCAGAGCCAGCAUGUGGAGUACACAGAGUACAACAACAAUGGAGACAACAGAUAUGAUGGGAGCAGUGGCAGCUUACCGUCUACCUAUGGGCAAGUACGUGAGCCCUUAGUCUUUGUGCCCCUUCCUGAUGCAGAGGGCCGCAGACUGCCCAUCCUGAAGAUGAAUGUACCCAUCGGCUCCACAUUUGGUAACGAGACCGGAGUGCCACAAGAGGCCCAAACUCAGACCUCCAUCUCCUGGAAGCCUUACAGGCAGAGCAACGCCUACCUGGUGUCCUGCCAUCCUCUCACAAACUUGAAUGAGAAGAUGUUCCAGGUCCGCCUCCCAGGCACAGCCACCACUGCCACCCUGAUAGGGCUCACCCCUGGAGCAAACUAUAAUGUGAUUGUUGAGGCUCUGUUGGGGGCGCUUAAACAUAAGAUCCUAGAGCAGGUCAUCACGGCUGGAAACACAAUCCCAGAGGGAGUCCCCUCCACUAAAGACCAAUGUUAUGAUGCCUUUACUGCAACCUACCAUGAUGUUGGUGGUGAAUGGGAGCGGAUGUCUGAGACAGGCUUUAAGCUGUGGUGCAGGUGCCUGGGCCUGGGAAGUGGCCACUUCAGAUGUGAUUCAUCUAAGUGGUGCCAUGACAACGGUGUCAACUAUCGAAUUGGAGAGAAGUGGGACCGCCGUGCAGAAAAUGGUCACUUGAUGAGCUGCACUUGUUUGGGAAAUGGCAAAGGAGAGUUCAAGUGUGAACCACAUGACUCAGUGUGCUACGAUGAUGGAAAAGCUUACCAAGUAGGAAACCAGUGGCAGAAGGAGUACCUGGGCGCUAUCUGCACCUGCACAUGCUUUGGUGGACAGCAGGGCUGGAGAUGUGAGAAUUGCCGCAGACCAGGUGCUGAUGUCGAUGCCAGUCUGCUGCAGCCUGUUAGAUAUGGAGACAACACACUACGCAAGAAUAUUCAUUGCCCCAUCGAGUGCCUCCGUCCCGACCUGCUGGCAGACGCACACGCUCCUCCAAAUCCUCUGGAGUAAUGGAUGGGCCAUAUGACAUCUGCUUUGCUCCCUCACCGUCCAAUCGCUGCACUGUCCUCACCCUGUAGAAGUAAUGCUGUCUGCGACUGAACUAACUGCCUGAUCACUUUCUGACACAUGUUUAGCUAAAGGUUUUUUUUUUUUGAGCAUAAGAUGCCCUGCUGCCUGAUCAAAGUGAUCCUCUUUUAAAGCCAGUCUUUUCACUGUUUGACUGUCAAGUCUCUAAAUUCAUGCUUUAUUUUUUGUGUAACAUCUCCCGCCACAUACUUGUGUGUGUACCUCAAUGGACGUCAUUAAGGACAGAUUACUAUACUUUUUCAAACUGGUAUUUGUUCUCAGUUAAAACAUUUCCUAAUCAGAGCGGAAACUGUCAGAAAGUAAGCACUGUGUUAAAGAAUGUCAGUGUAGUUUAUUAACAAAUGUUUGUCCAUGAAAAUGUGCUUUUCUUUUCUGUAGCCCCUCUUGUGUUACUGAGGGUUCGCACUGUGUGUGAUUGACACGUUCUGAACUUUUGUCUUUUUACUAAUUUAUCCCUUUAAUCUCAGCGUGUGAAUGUGUGAUUCUGGGAUGUGAGAAUUUGAACUAUUCUAUUUUUGUACUUUGUUGUCCAUGCCAAAGUUGUUUCUACCUUUGACAAAAAGAAGUCCCUUAUUUUAAUAAAGCUGGAGAGAUCCUGAAACCUAA